CAUCGGCGCUGCAACCUGCAGCUGUCUCCAUAGCACUGAGCAGUAAGCGAUGUCCAUGACCAACUUCUGCUCUCCUCCUCUGCUCCUGCUCCUCCUCCUCUGUCUCGCCGCCGUGUCAACUUCCCCCGGUGACGCGGCUCACCACCGCCAUGCAGCUGCACCCGCACCGACCGCGGCCGACUGCUCCUCUACUCUCUUAAGCCUCUCCGACUGCCUCUCCUUCGUGGAGGAGGGGAGCCGCGAGCCCAAGCCGCAGAAACAGUGCUGCACCGGCCUCAAGAAGAUCGUCGCCGAGGCGGCGGAGGCGGCGUGCCUCUGCGAUGCUCUCGGCCAGGGAGCAAGCUUAGGGCUCAGCCUCAACGUCACCAAGGCCCUGGCUCUUCCUUCUUCCUGCGGGAUCUCCACUCCUCGCCUCAGUCAAUGCAAAGUUGUCCUGGCCGGUGUUCCCGCAGCAGCACCUGCUCCAUCUCCUUCUGGACCAGCCACUGCCCCAUCUCCAUUUUCAGGUCACCCAAGUGCAGCUGCUCCUUUAUUAUCAAAUGCACCAGUUGAAAGCCUCGUCGGCGCAAUUGCUAUUUGCUUCUACAUCUAUAUACAUGUUGCAUGGACGAAAUAAAUUAUGGAGGCUGGCUUCGCUACCGGCUUUGCUUAUCGAUACAUUGAUUUAGCUAUGUGCUUUGUUUUUGACUUAACUAUUGCAGUGUUUUGGAAUUGAGCUGUUGUUAAGACUUACUUUAUAUGGAGUUGAAGCAUACAUUUAAUAUUUGCUAUUCGAUCA